UUAGAUGGUACAUUAGGAGAAAAUCUGCUGAAUCUUGCAGAUGAAAUGGAGGUCGAGGAUGCAAAAUCUAGAUACUUUUACUAUUUGUCCAAAAAUUGUAUCUUGGACCUAACAAAUCAGCCAACAAAUUUGCAACUGAGCCACUUCACCGCUCCUGUUCAAAAACUAAUUAAGGCCAAGUUCACACUCCUUGCACUCGAUUCAGAGUCUAUGAAUAUUCCUACACUUAUCAAGCAGAUCAAAAAGGUAAAUACGUUUGCUUUGCAAAUGAGAACCAUGAUGAAUGAUUUAACGAGUUUUAUGUGCAAUACUUUCUUGGUUCCUCUUGUACUAAAUGCUCGCUCUAACUACAGUGAGGAAGAUUACAAGCUCAAAUUCUGGGCCCACAUCAUUGAGGUUUUUUUGCUCAUAAGUAAAAUAUGA